AUUGUUCAAUACCACUCUCGUUCUCCCCACCAUCGUUACAACGUUCGCUUCUCUUCGCCAACAUCCACGCCUCCACGAUACGUAAUCCAUCCUCUGAUAUUCCAUACCGCGACCGCGACGCUCGCCGAGCAGACAUCCACGCCACCGACUCUUCCUCUUCACCCUUGCAAUGGGCUUCGGCGACUUCGAUCAAAUAUGCGAGCGGACACCACUGCCACUAUGUCCGCUCGUAGGACCUCUAUCGCCCAUCUCCGGCCGCCACAGCAUUCAGGCGAAUUGCUACUCAAGAACGGUCGAGUUGGCGAACACAAUCAUCUUCCAGGGCGCGGCGAGUUUCGCUCAUAUCCUGGCGCUUGUGAUGCUGGUCAUUAUGAUCAUCCACGUACGGAGUAAAUUCACAGCAGUUGGCCGCAAGGAAAUCACCUCGUUCUUCUACGCAUACACCCUCCUCACCAUGUGCUCGCUCAUCGUCGACGCCGGCGUCGUACCACCCUCGAGCGGCACCUACCCAUACUUCGUCGCCGUGCAAUGCGGCCUGACCUCGGCGACCUGCAUUUGCCUGAUGAUCAACGGAUUCGUCGGAUUCCAAUUAUACGAAGACGGGACAAAGUUAUCAGUCUGGCUGCUACGGACGAGCAGCGUGGCAAUGUUCGCGAUCUCGUUCAUCGUAUCGCUCAUGACAUUCAAGGGCUGGGCGGGAUUGGGACCGGAGAACACCAUCGGGCUGUUCGUGGUGGUAUAUCUCUUCAGUGCGGUUUUCCUGGCUGUGUACGUGGUCAUGCAGGUUCUGCUGGUCAUUGGAACAUUGCAGGAGCGCUGGCCGCUGUGGCACAUCACAUUCGGUGUGUUGUCUCUUGUGCUGAGCCAGGUUAUCCUGUACGCUUUCAGCGAGGUCAUUUGCACGAAUGUGGAGCACUACGUUGAUGGGCUGUUCUUCGCGACGCUGCUCAAUUUGUUGGCAGUUAUGAUGGUCUACAAGUACUGGGACAGCAUCACGAGGGAAGACUUGGAGUUCUCAGUUGGAGCAAAACAGAACAACUGGGAAGUCAAGGAUCAUGCUCCUCUCUACGAGGAUGAGAGCAGGAAUACGUUGUACGGCGGGAACCACAACGAUAGCGGCACAUUAUACCAACCUGGAUAUCGCGCCUCGUACGGGUACUAA